UGCCAAAAUUAAAAUGCUUAAGGACAUUAUAUUAAGUGGCUAUCAGGUAGAGGAGUUGCCAAUUUCUGUUGGUGUCUUAAAGCAUUUGCUCUACUUGAACUUGUCUCACACCGGAAUUUCCAAGUUACCUGAAUCAUUGUGUAAGCUCAUCAACUUGCAAAUAUUGCUAUUGCGUGGGUGCAAGAAUCUGGUGGAGUUACCUACAGGCAUACAUAAUCUAAUAAAUCUGUUGUGCCUUGACAUUAGAGGUAAGGAUAGUUUGAAAGAAAUGCCACUACAAUUUAGUAGCUUAACAAAUCUUUGUAAAUUACCCAAGUUCUUUGUAGGUAAAGGUGCUGGGCUUGGGAUAUACAAGUUGAUGAAAAUUUCUCCUUUACACAGGCAACUUUGUAUUUCUGGUCUGCAAAAUUUGGUGGAUAUUCGAGAUGCAGAAAUUGCAAAUUUAAAGCAAAAGGAAGGCCUCAAGGAAUUGGAGUUACAAUGGAUUGAUGAUGAAGUCAAUAGUCCAAGGAAUGUAAAUGAUGAAUUUCAAGUUCUGAAUGCACUACAGCCUCAUCAAAAUAUAUCAAGCCUUUCAAUUCAAUCAUUUGGUGGAUUGGAAUUCCCAUUGUGGAUAGGGAAUCCCAUAUUUACUAGUAUGGUACAACUCAAGCCCUGCAAUUGUCAUAAAGUCACAUCAUUACCACCACUUGGACGAUUACCAUCUCUCAAAGAGUUCAGCAUUCAACGAAUGGAUGGAUUGCAAGAGGUGGGUGUUGAGUUUUAUGAGGAUAGUUCAUGUUUUGCUUGCUUGGAGAUACUAUGCAUAAGAGAUAUGUCUGAGUGGGAGCAGUGGUCUUGGUCUGAGAGCCUCAAUGAAGCAGAUACAAAGCAAUUCCCUAAGCUGCAUAAGCUACAGAUUUCAAAUUGCCCAAAAUUGGUUGAAAAGUUGCCCAACUACCUUCCUUCACUUAAAAGUCUUGAUCUUUUCCAUUGCCCACAGUUAGUUGAUUUACCAAAAGUGCUUCCAUCUCUUACUUGGUUUUCUAUUAAUAAUGGUAAUCCCUGCCAUGCUCCAGUGAAAAAUGGAAGAAAUGCGUCAAAUAUCAGCUACCUCACUUUCUUAAAUAUUGAGUGUAUAUCGGGCCUUGUAAGUUUACCUGAAGCAUUUAUACAGGCAUUGGUGGCACUCAAAAAUUUAUACAUCAACUAUUGCCAUGAACUGCCAUACUUAUGGCGAGAUGGAACUAAUUUAGACAAUCUCUUCUGUCUUGAGACAUCAGAGAUUACUAGUUGUCGUCAACUUGUCUCUUUAGUGGAGGGAGAGGAAGGUCUUCUUCCUUGCAAUCUUAAAGUUGUAAGAAUAAAGAUGUGUGAUAACUUCAAGAAGCUACCAAAUGGCCUCUCUGAAUUCCCUGAAAGGGGAUUAUCCAUCCCUGGACUUGAAACUUUAACAAUUCGGCGGUGUGAAGAAUUGAGGUAUCUUCCUAAUCAGAUGCAAAACCUCAAGUCUCUUCGGGCAUUGUACAUAGAUGGGUGUCCUCUUCUAGAGUCAUUUCCACCUCUCAGUCGUAAGAUGCAACAAUUGGACACAACCAAUAUCAGAAUGGGGACUCCCAGACUCGACACUCUUAGAGAAUUAACAAUCGAAGGUCCAAAUCCAAGUACAGAUAUGAUUCUUUCUUUUCCUGAUAAUGAUGGCCUGCUGCCCUCUUCAUUGACCUCUGUCAAAAUCGAGCAAUUCAGGAAUCUGCGAUCCAUAUCUAGAGGCAUACAAAGCCUGACAUCUCUUCCGGAGCUGCUUAUUUUGAAAUGCUCUGAAUUAAAGUCUUUGCCGGAGGAGGGUCUUCCGGCCACACCUAACUCCUACAGAUUGGGGAAUGUCCGAUUAUGGAACGACGGUGUUCAGAAAAUAAAGGAGACCUUUGGACCACCAUUGCUCCCGUACCCUUCACCUGGGCUUGGUUUCUUUAAAUUUGUCAAUUGGUUAAACUCCAGCUCUCAAUUUUAUUAAUGUUCAUAGGGUAUGGAAUUCUAUCUCUUGAUGGUCUCUCUAUUAUAAUCCAUACGUAAAUUUUGCAGCUUGAUUAGUAUUUUUUUUUUUUUUGGCAAUUUUUUUACUAUUCUUUUUCUUGAUCAUGAAGGUAAUUAUUUUGAUUUUAAUCUGUCAAUACAAGUUUAUUAGUUUCUUAAGAUAAUUCAUAUUUGAACAUAACCUUUUUUACCU